UAUUUGAAAACUAAAGCCGCCUCACACGAAUUUAAAGAAUUUUCAAUACAGUUUUGUAGAUUUCCUAAAAGAUUCAAGUACUAACACCACUGAUUUCAAGCCACAUUUGUGUGCGAUAACUAAACCCUCCCAACCACAAUCGAUAUCGCCUAUCGAUUGUCCUUGCUCCAGAUGAUUUAAGUUGGCGUCUUUUUGGUUUUGUUUGGUCCGGAUUUGGCGCGUCUAUUUAUAAGAACCUAGGAUAACCAUAUAGUGUUUUUGAGUACCCAAGAUGUCCGACGACGAUUGCGAUAUAUUUAGUGCUGCUCGCAAGCGGGUUCCAGUUAUAGCUUUGCCCAAGGAAUCUUACAAUCCCGCCAACGAUUCCUUUUCCAAGGAUGUGGACUACGACUUUAUAGAGGAUAGUCCCAAGAAAAGUGGUAAAAAUGGCAAACGAAAGCCCCCAGCAGCGCCUCGGGUAAAGCCGCAGCAAACUGAGGAGGGUCCUUCGCCACCCAAACAGAAUAAACUGAAACCUAUUGGUGCGCAAAAAGAUGAAGGGGAUAAGACAACGGAUCGCUCCUUGUCCCCGGUCUCCCAGUUGAUCCUGGAGAUGGAGCAGAAAAACGCCGAAGAAAAAGAGACUGCUCCUGUGGCCAGACGGACUCGCUCCUCACUAUCCAAAUUGGAUACUCCGUCUUCCGUUGUAGAAGUAGCCAAGACGACCGGGGAAGUGGCCGCCCAGGCAAAACCCAAAAGGAGGGGUAGGAAAAAGGCGGAGUCAGCCGCGCCGAUUAACGCGGAGACGGCGAAUGUGGCUGCAUCUGUGGUCUCCUCACUAGAAAGCAUUGUGGCCAGCUUCAACCAGCACAACAGCAGACGACAAGCGGUGGCCGAAAUGGCUGCCCGUUCCAAAGUGGUGGACAGUAUUGAUCUGGUAUCAGCAGUAGCUCCUCGGGUGGAGGGCUUUGUUAAUCUUGACUCUGAGGACGAAGGUGAAGCACCAGCUCCAGCAGAGGAUAGAAACAUCUUUGAUAAUGAUAAUCCCACCAUAGAAGUAGCUCUGUCUUGGCUCGGCGAGAUCCAGAUUUACAAACUGCGGCAGCACCAGAAGUUCAAGCAUUUGUUCAAGGAAGUAGCUGAACGGAAUGCAGUAGAUGAGAAUGAUAUUUCAGUCGAUAUGUACUACAAUUUCAUAGGACCCGAUGAUACGCCUCAUAGCAUUGGUCUCAAGUCCUUUCACACACUUAGUGGCCAUGCAACUAAGUCAAAUAAUAAUAACAAUAAGAAGCCUACUGCCAAAGAAGACAACAAUCCACAAGCUCUGAGCAGGAAACCCAAAAAGUUUCAGGUAAAAGUCCAAGCUGAUAAGUGGAAACAACCCAUGGUGAUGCCCAUGAAGAAAAAAUACACUUUCAAAAUGUUAUACAUCAAGUGUGCUGAGGAGCUGAACUGUGAUGCCCGCCACAUUAAGUUAUUCUUUGAUGGCGAACUGUUGGAUCCGGAGGAUACGCCCAAAAACCAGGACAUGGAGGGCAAUGAACUGAUUGAUCUGCAAAUGAAGCCGUAAAAAUCAUUCGAAAUUAUUAAUAGUUUUAUUGUUCAUUAUUUGCUCAUUGCUGUGCAAGAGUUGAAUUUAAAUAAUUUUAAAAUCAGAAUGUUCUUUGUAUGAAUGCAAUAAGUGUGGUUACGCCCACUUUUUAUAUUUCGUAAGGCAAUUGUUGUAAUUAUUGGCUAGAAAAAAGGAUGUAUACGUAUUCAAGUUAAUAUUUUAAGUAAAAUACUCCAAAUUCCGUUGAA